AUGCCCCCGAAGAAGCGCCCACCUCCGACGGCAGCACUGGCGGCGGUCAAGAAGAAGCAAGAGGCAGCCAAGUUGGCGAGAGCUGAGCUGUUGUUGGCUCACGCGGCUGCAGAAAAUAGCGUCGACGCACCGCAUGCAGUUGCUGAAGCCCCGCAGCCUGUCGUCGAGCCACCGAUGAGCGCGGAGCAGAUAGCAGCCGCGCUGCAAGCAGAGGAUCUGCAGCUGCUGCCUUCGGCACGCGCGGGCUCGACGACCGGCUACUUGGGUGUGUAUCCGACUGGCGAUGGCCAGCGACCGUACGUGGCACAAAUACGAAGGAAUGGUCGCAACGUGGUGCUGGGCAAGUUUGCCACCGCUGCAGAGGCGGCGCUCGCGUACGCCCGCGAACUGGGUCCUGCGGCGACGCGUGCAGCAGCUGCCGCUGCGCCGUCGCGCCCGCUCACUGCAAGUGAGGCGUUGUCGGCGGCGGCGGCGGAGGGACUACAGCUGCAGCGCUCGGCGCAAACGGAGAGCGGCUUCAAGGGCGUGAACAAAGGCAGUGGCGAGCGCAAACGGCCCUACAACGUCUGUGUGCGCGGUGACACCCUUGGCAGCUUCGAGACGCCCGAGGAGGCGGCGCUCGUGUAUGCUCGAGCUACGCGCCCGCUGCUCCGCCUCGGGCACUCGGGGGUGACGCUGGCGGACCUCGCGGGCGCGGCGCGCGCUGUGUCCUCUGUGUGUCCUGAGAAUGAAUGA